UCUAUAUUACUUCAGAUGUUCAAUGAAACAUCAAUCUCCUUUACCGGUAGUUUUCCUCGUUAAGAUUUCUGUUAUGAUCAAGAAGUCAUUCUUUCUCCUCCCAUAAUUCUGUGCAUAGAUACUAAUGCAAACUUAGACACCAAACUCACGAGUCCAUAUCACUUAUUGCCCUGGUUACUUGUCACUCAAACAACAACUAGAAAGGUCUUUGUUCCUUCUUGUUCACAUAGUAUUGAACUUAUUAUGGAAGAAACAUUUGUUCCUUUUCGCGGGAUCAAGAAUGACCUCAAAGGAAGAAUUCUUUGCUACAAACAAGAUUGGACUGGUGGUUUAAGAGCGGGUAUAAGGAUCUUGGCCCCAACAACAUACAUAUUCUUUGCUUCAACAAUUCCAGUUAUAUCUUUUGGGGAGCAGCUGGAAAGAAAUACAAAUGGAACUUUGACUGCAGUACAGACUCUUGCGUCAACUGCAAUUUGUGGUGUUAUCCACUCAGUUGUUGGAGGGCAGCCCCUGCUCAUACUAGGGGUGGCAGAACCAACAGUAUUGAUGUAUACAUUUUUGUUCAACUUUGCUAAGGACCGGAAGGAUUUGGGACAGGAACUCUUUUUAGCUUGGACUGGAUGGGUAUGUGUGUGGACAUCCAUUUUGCUCUUCUUGCUGGCCAUUCUGGGUGCAUGCUCUAUAAUCAAUAGGUUCACGCGUAUUGCUGGUGAACUAUUUGGUCUUCUUAUCGCAAUGCUUUUUAUGCAGCAGGCCAUUAGAGGAGUUAUAGAGGAAUUUGGUGUACCUGAAAGAGAAAAGCCAAAUCAGACCGCACUCCUACCUUCUUGGCGGUUUGGCAAUGGAAUGUUUGCAUUAGUCCUGUCGUUUGGCCUUCUAUUUACUGCAUUGAGAAGUCGUAAAGCUAGAUCGUGGCGUUAUGGCACAGGUUGGCUACGUGGAUUUAUAGCGGAUUAUGGAGUCCCACUUAUGGUUCUUGUAUGGACUGGCGUAUCUUACAUACCAGUAAAUGAUGUCCCAAGAGGAAUCCCCAGACGACUUUUCAGUCCAAAUCCGUGGUCUCCUGGUGCAUACUCAAACUGGACAGUUAUCAAGGAGAUGAUGACUGUUCCUCCUUUAUAUAUAGUUGGAGCAUUUAUACCUGCAACUAUGAUUGCUGUGCUCUACUACUUUGAUCACAGUGUUGCAUCUCAACUUGCCCAACAGAAGGAGUUUAAUCUAAAGAAACCAGCUUCAUAUCACUAUGACCUUCUCCUCCUCGGAUUUCUGGUCAUAUUGUGUGGGCUUAUUGGCAUUCCCCCUGCCAACGGUGUAAUUCCACAGUCUCCUAUGCAUACAAAAAGCUUAGCUACUCUAAAACAUCAGCUUUUGCGGAAUAAGCUUGUAGCAACAGCAAGGAAUAGUAUACGCAAGAACUCAACUUUGAGUCGAUUAUACCAGAAUAUGCAAGAAGCAUACAAUGAAAUGCAGACUCCACUAGUCUACCAACGUCCAUCUGCUCUGGGACUAAAAGAGCUGAAAGAAUCCACGGUCCAAUUAGCAUCAAGUACUGGCUACAUUGAUGCCCCUGUUGAUGAAACAGUUUUUGAUGUGGAUAAGGAUAUUGAUGAUCUUUUGCCUAUUGAAGUAAAAGAGCAACGCCUCAGCAAUCUGCUUCAGGCAUUGCUAGCUGGUGGUUGUGUUGCUGCCAUGCCUCUUUUGAAGAAAAUCCCAACCUCUGUUCUUUGGGGUUAUUUUGCUUUUAUGGCGAUUGAAAGCUUGCCUGGAAACCAAUUCUGGGAGAGGAUAUUGUUUCUAUUCACUGCUCCAAGUCGAAGAUACAAGGUGCUGGAGAAGUAUCAUGGAACCUUCCUCGAGACUGUGCCUUUCAAAACAAUUGCGACCUUCACCUUGUUCCAGGCAGCUUACUUGCUUCUGUGUUUUGGCAUAACAUGGAUCCCAAUUGCUGGGGUGCUCUUCCCGUUGUUGAUCAUGCUUCUAGUCCCAGUGCGGCAGUAUUUGCUCCCUAAGUUUUUCAAGAGGGCUCACCUUCAGGACUUGGAUGCUGCAGAAUAUGAGGAAGCCCCUGCCAUUGCUUACAACAUGUCCUUUGAAGACCAGGAUGUUCAGGCAAGAGUAAAUAACAUUGAUGGUGGGGAGAUACUUGAUGAAAUUAUUACAAGAAGCCGUGGUGAGAUCCGGCGCUCUCAGAGUCCAAAAGUAUCAAGUUUGACCCCUACUUCUUCAGUAGAAGGUAUGAAAUCAGCUUAUAGCCCAAGGUUAACGCAGAGAGUAUACAGCCCCCGCUUAAAUGAACUGAGAGGAGAAAGAAGCCCCCGACUAAAUGUACAAGGUCUAGAAACUGAGCACACUCCCAGCCACCGUUUGAAGGAACUAAGCCCCCGAAUGCCUGGACAGGGACUCGAAACACUGCAGACUCCCAGCCCUGGGCCAUCUGUCCUCAGACAAAGCACUCCUGGUUCUUCAAGCUACCAAGCCUAGGAGUGUGAUUCAGGUGAGAUUAUUUAGCAAUGGUACUCGAGAGGUCAUGUGUAACUAAGUCACAUAAGUAUCAUACUAUAGGUUAGUGCUCUCGUCUAACCUUUCCUGAUAGUGUAGGUUGUUUGUCACUGCUGUUCUUUCUUUUUUAUUUGUGUCUCCCAUAAGGGGAAGAGAAGAUAAUUUAUAAGCUGUGAUUAUAUGUACAAUUUGAUGGCAGACAACCCAAAAACCCUUUUGCAUCGACCAAACUUUUUAUUAC